CUCAGAGAAGGCAACCGCCUCGUACCCUCAUGGGAACAUACAUAUACGCCCGUCCCGGGCAUGAGCUCAAAGCUUCCCUUUUUCCCACACGACGCUUGUUGGCCCUCACCUUCCUAUGGUCCAAAGCCUGACAUCCACAGCCGCGCGGCAAGCGCCGCUGCUCGACCCGGUGGGCCGCGCAGAGCAGCGCGCAUUGUUCAAAUCCCUCGUCUUCUUGCGCCAGUGCUCCUCGGUGUUUGGGCGUCUCGUGAUCCCACCCGAAGCAGGCGCUGGGAUCGAUUUGACCUAUUGCAUUUAUCGAGCAGACCAGACAUGGGUCAGCGACGCCAGGUGCAGCUCUUUCACACCGCAAUCACAACAGCGUAAUGGUGUGGACGUGCGCGGCUAUCGGAAGCAGUGCAGAUCCGCUUGCUGCAUGCCCGAUCAUGCCGCUCUCCUAGGAAAGCCACCUCAUGCUGCUACUGUUGGCAUGUGGAAUGACUUUCGCGUGUGCGACAAUCGCUACGUGAAUCUCGGCUUUGUCGAUCUGGUAGGAAUUGGACUGCGUGAGUCGAAGACCGGGAGACGCAAAGGCUCCCCUCAGCCCAUCACCACGGCGCCCAAAGCCCUCUGGCACGUCUUUUCGCGCCCGGACCAAGGCGAGAAGACUGGUGAAUUUACCUGGGAAGGUUUGGCCCGUCAUACGUACCAGGACCCGACCACGGAGCGCGAGGGGUUGCACCUGAACCACUACAUUGCACUGAGGGGGGAGAGCGAGUCUGUGCCCUCUAAUGUACUGUGGAAGACGUCGACGCACAACGGGGGCCAGGGGCUGCUCCUCGCGCUCACAGCGCAACCCAGGAUGGACCUACCAGCAUACUCAUGCAACGGCAAGCAGUACCUCUACGUUUUGACACUAUACGAUGCCGAAACAGGCGCGCUGCUACGGUCGGCAAUCCCUCCGGACGAUCUGUCGCGACCCGAUCUGCCAGCACGCUCACGUCUGCGCCUUACCAGCGAGCAACGGGUGCGCAGCGAUGAAGUGCAGUGCUAUGCCUGCGUUGCGAGUACGCAGAUGAUCUGCUUCCAGCCCCGGGCGCAGGCCUCGCGCCUUCGAACUAGACAGGAAAGCGCGGGCAACGCGUGCUCCGUAGGUGUGGGCAUGGAAAUGGAAACCAGCGCGGCCGAUGCAAGCAGCGCGGUCAGCAGCGACGGCAGUGCGGGUGUAUCGCAAGAAUUGCGAGCCUGCGGAGAAGAAGAUUCGUAUGGUACUGCGGGUCAUGGAUUUUACUUGGAGGAUUUUGUGCAAGACUAUGGCUGGGAUCCAAUCGCCGGCUCGCUUGCGCCCUUUGGCGAUGGUUAUAACUUCAGUGCACCUCAGGAUCCUCAAGAAGGCCUUACCCCUUUUGUCGGGGAUGCUCACGCCACUUUUCAAGGCGAUGAAGUACCUCUUCUGGAUGAUUCUUGGAUCCACACAGAUACGGCUACCCAGCCUGGGCCGAGUCAACAUCCACGCGGAGACACCGAGACGACCCGGACGAAUCCGUUUCAUGCGAUGGACGAGGAGGAGGAAGAGGUUCAAAUGCCGACCGGACGCACCAAGCAUGGCCGUGAAGGCGAAGAUGUAGCCCCGGAGCACCAGGAAUACAACGCGAAUGCAGACAUUGAGCGCACUAAAAGGUGCCGAAUGGAGGAGGGCGCAGCAGACGACGAUGCGGGAUCAAGCAGCAGAGCUGCAGGCCCUGCCUCUUUGGACCCCUCCGGUAAUCAGCCCAAUGUCGCUCCCGGUGUCGCCCCUGCCGCUCAUAACGACAUCGGUGCUGGCGAGAGGGUGCACCAACCCGAUGGCGUCUCUGUAGAUGCUCCCAAUCCUUGCUCGGACGCGAGAGACAUGCUUGAUCUGGGUUACGCAACGGACGACCACGCCAAAGAUCAGUCAAUUCAGACCAUCCAACAGUACUAUGACACGGAAGAAGAAGCGGCAAAAACGCUCUUCGAAAGGUACAGCAACAAGAUCGGACCAGCACCUCUGUUUGAGGACAUCAUGCAUAAGGCAGCAAUGCGCACCAAUCUGUGGCUGUCGGCAGCGGCCGAGGAGAUGGGCGCCCUGCAUGUCCGCGCCUUCGUUGCCGAGUCAGACCAGACCAGCGAGCUAGGAAUCCUCAACAAAGAUCUUUGGCUCCUGGAAAAGAUCAUCGGUCGUCUGGUGGGCAACGGGCGGCUGCCAGAUGCUUCGAAGCACAUGACAAUGACCAGUGCCCAGCGAUGGACCCAAGCAAAAGGGCUCAACGUGUCGCUGGAGGGUAUACGACAUCGGACGGUCGGGCUCAAGAAACAGCUCACGAGCUUCGUGGCGCUCGGUUGUCAUGUAUCGGCCAUUGCGGAUGUGGCGCCAUCACGUAUUGGCAUUCGCCUAGACGACAUGGAAUCGGUCCAGUAUUUAAGCAACAGCAACCUCGACACCAACUCCAAAACGCUCAAAGAGAGAUGUUUCUUCCUUGCCCCUCUAGUCUACUUGGCCGCCACGUCAAAGCGCCACCUUCGGCUCCGUAGUAGCGACGUGGAUCGUGUGAUCCUUCGGCCAUACAAAUGUGCUUUUCUCGAGGCCAUACAAGCUCACAAGGUGGCCCUUGGCGACAAAGCAAAGGCCAUACUGCAAGACAGUACGAUGCUACCUGUGCGCAAGUUUGUUGGCCACAGUGUCGUGUCCGGUCGAACAGACGAGGUCGUCGUCAAUGUCAACGAGCAGCGUCUUUUUCGUAUCAUGCUUCACUGCUACCACCUUGGCCUCCUGAUUCGGCACAUUGUCAAGAAAAACGACGAUACAGGACUCGUCAUGGACUGGCUUGCCGAAGACGAUGCUUAUUUCGCCGAGGAUCGUCACCGUGUUUUUUUUUCCGAGCUGGCUGAUUGGAAGCUUAAUGCGUAGGGAGGCAUCAAGGGUCUUCUUGUUGCAUGUUGCUGUUCUCCAAAAGGCUCAAUGCUGCGAGGCAGCUAUUUCGUAUUCAAUCAACGAUUGCGAGAACUUGACUACCGUCUGCAACGACCAGUAUUUUCGAUGAAGUGAAUUUAUGACAGAUUGACU